CAAAUCACUCCGUCAGUUCACAUCAUCGUGGGACGCCACCUUGUGUUUGUGGUGUAGGCACAUCGUCAGAUUUUUGUCAAUCGCUGCUGGACCGUUCCGCAGCCGCUAGGUCUUGCCUCUUUGUGAAAUGUUCCUCGCGAAAUUAAGCGCUUCGUGGGAAUUUAGAGUGAUUCUUUCGUGUUUCGAUUCGUUUUCUUGGUUUGGGUUACCGUAUUUGUAAUGCUAUAGGAAUUUUGAGCGGGUUGCAUUGUGUGUUGAGUUAUCCCGAGGUGGCCGCUUGGGGAAUUGGUGGGAAUUUGUGUAAUCGGUCUCAGACGUGUGGAUCUGUAAAUAUUUUCCAGGUUUUAUCUACAUUUUGGAGUUUUCUGUGUUGAGUAGAUUGGUGCUGGCAGAUGAGAGCAUCGUAAAUGUCGGCUAUGGCCAUGACCAUGGUGUCUUGCUCUUCUGCACCUGCGUCUCUUUCUCGCCACUCAGGCUCUGCCUUUGUGGCGACAGGGAUCCAUCUCCAGCCGUGUCUUACUUUUCCCAAGCCUCUUUUGCGGGGGACACCCAUCUGCCGAAUUUCGUGUGUUGAGCUCAACAAGAGCUCUAAUUUGCGGAGAAGAAUUUCUUUGGGAAUUCAAGCUUUGAGCUCGAGGAGAGACUGGAGCUUUUCGUCGGCGGCACAACAGCAGGAGACUCAAACUGUCGAGGAAGAUCUUCCGGCCGAGCUGCGCGAGAUCGUGCGAUUGUUUCAGGCGGUAGGAGAACAGCGCGCGCGGUAUCAACAGCUGCUCUAUUAUGGUCAGAAACUGAAGCCUCUUGCGAAGGAGUUCUGCAUACCGGAGAACAAAGUGGAUGGCUGCGUGUCGCAAGUGUGGGUGGUGUGUAAGCUUGGCGAGGACGGGCGUGUUUACUUCGAGGCUGAGUCGGAUUCUGCUCUCACAAAGGGCCUGGCAGCCCUUCUAGUCAAUGGACUUUCUGGUGCGACCCCUGCGGAGGUUUUAAAGGUUUCCCCAGAUUUUGUUCAGAAGCUAGGGUUGCAACAGAGCCUCACCCCGUCGCGAAGCAAUGGCUUUCUCAACAUGCUGAAACUUAUGCAGAAGAAGACGAUGCAGUCAUACGUGGAAUCUUCUGUUCCGAAAUCUGACAGCGCUGCGUCAUCUACUGCAACGGAUCCUGAGCCUAAUCAACCAGAUGCUUUACUUCCCGGGAAUGACUCAAAACCAAGGGAAGAGAAGGUGAUGACGGUGAGGGAUAGUAUCGAGAGGAAGCUUUCGGAAAGGUUGAACCCCGUGCUAAUAGAGGUGGAGGAUGUAUCUCAUCAACACGCGGGCCAUGCUGGCGCAUCAAGAGGCUCUUCCGAGACUCAUUUCAACGUGAAGGUUGUUUCGGAAGAGUUCCAAGGAUUGAGCCUCGUGAAGCGACAUCGUCUUAUCUAUGGACUACUGCAGGAGGAGCUUCAGAAUGGUCUGCACGCUCUUUCCCUCGUCACCAAAACCCCAGCUGAGAUUUCCGACAAACCCUAGAAAUACAUCUUUGUAAUACAUCAAGUAAAUUCUAUAAUGCCACAUAGAUCUGGCACCUCAUUUUACCAUUUAUUUUCAUAGGAAUUAGCCAUUAAGCAAGCAAGAGUCAUUUCAAAUGAUGUGUUGUGCGUUCCCAAAGUGUUCAUUUCUCGUGAACCAAUGUAAAGACAUGGCCAUUUGGCUCUCACUCGCCUGACGAGGACCACAUAGCGAACCCAUGCAAUAUUAUAUUAAAUAUUUCUUCUCGGAA